GACCUCAAGCUGAAGAAGCUUGCGUACGGAUUCUUUUCGACCAUCUUGUUACAUACCUGACGAUUCUUGUUAGCGACUACAAAACCGUGGUUCUGAUUGAUGAUUCCAUCUCUAUGGCCGAAGAACAAUCUUGGACCCUUGUCCGUGGAGCUCUGGCGGGAAUCGCUGAUCUUGCGAAUCAGUAUGGCUCUCAAGGAAUUGAUUUGCACUUCUUGCACCAGGAGCAUUACCAUCAAAACAUCAAGACGAGCCACGAAGUUCAACAAAUUUUCGAUCAAAUGGCCCCUAACGGUCCAGAAACGCCAACUGCUGCGAAACUGGAAGAGCUUAUCAACACCUACCUCCCCCUCGUGGAGCGCAAAUUCCCUCGACACAACCCUAUUGAUAUUAUCGUCAUCACCGACGGUGUCGCAACUGAUCAGCAGGCCCUCCCUGAGGUUAUCGUCAGUGCAGCCCAGCGCCUGGAAAGAAGCCAAGUUCCAGAGGGAAUGUUUGGCCUCCAGUUUGUACAGAUUGGCACAGACGCGGAGGCUGCUUUGGCAUUGCGCGCUCUAGAUGACCACCUCGAGCAGCAGUACAAAGUCAGAGAUAUCGUGGAUACCACACCUUACGAUCCUCAACAGGGCGCGUUCAAUACCGAUUACAUGCUGAAGAUCCUGCUCGGUGGUGUGAAUAAGGUUCUUGACAAUGGAGGUCCUGUGCCGAGCGAGUUGCUCUCUAUUCCAGUCCCAUACGGGCCGAGGUAAUCGAUCCGUCUCAGUAUUGAAUUUCCCGAAAUGUCUGUGUCGUAUGCUGGCGAAAAUAUGUUUUCCAUCAAGUCGUUACUGUACAAUAAAUGUUUCGCAACGCAUGAUAUACAUAAGCUGUCUGGC